CUACAAAUACUUCAAUGAGUUGGCACGUCAGGCGCACACCUCGAAGAUUUCAUUGCGCCACACGGCACUGGAAGGACUUUGUCCGCCGCGUGAUCCGCCCACAUGUAUGCCUGCAUCGGCGCGUUACCGCACACACGAUGGCACCUGCAACAGCCGGAGGCGUCCGCGUUGGGGUGCCUCGCAAAUGCCGUUCAAUCGCUUUCUGCCGCCGGAGUAUGGCGACGGUGUCGACUCGAUACGCAUGUCCAUUGAGGGCGGACCGUUAUCAUCAUCGCGCUUCGUCAGUCUGUUGGUGCAUGGUGCGCGCGAUGGUGAAGCAGCGGUGACACUGAUGACCGCGCAAUGGGGACAACUGCUUGAUCACGAUAUGACCUCCACGGCGCAACCGCGCUCAAUCAACGGUUCGGUGCCAAGUUGCUGCGGCAACACUGAUUUCCACCCAUCCUGCUUUCCUAUUAAAGUGCCGCUAGACGAUCCAUGGUUAGCGCCACUUAAAGUGCGCUGUUUGGAGUUUCUGCGUUCGGCGCCUGCGCAGCGUCGCGACUGCAUACUCUCUUGGCGCGAGCAAACUAAUCAGGCCACCUCUUAUAUAGACGCAUCACCAAUAUAUUCGAACAGCGCCAAGUCUUCCGACAAUGCACGUGUUUUUCGCAACGGUUUGCUUGUCUAUGGGCGCGGCAAUCCUGCUGAGGAUGUGUGUCAACGCGGUGCAAUAGCUACGCAGUGUAUACGCGCAGGUGAUGGACGCAGCGGUGAGCAGCCUGGUCUAUUGGCUUUACAUCACGUUUGGGUGGGUGAGCAUAAUCGCAUAGCGUUGCAGUUGAGCGAAAUGAAUUUGCACUGGAGCGAUGAGAAGAUCUAUCAGGAGGCGCGACGCAUUGUGGGCGCCAUGUUUCAACACAUCACAUACAGGGAGUUUUUGCCUAUUGUGUUGGGUGGUGAGGUGUGUAGACUCUUUGAUUUAGAAUUGUUGAGCAGUGGCUAUUAUCAGGGUUAUGAUCCGAAGACGAAUCCAACGGUCGCUAAUUCUUUUGCUGCCGCCGCUUUUCGUUUCGGUCAUUCGCUGGUGCAGAAUUCUUAUAUGCGCUGCGAUCGUUUUCACAAUUUCAUGCGAAAUAAUGUCAGUCUACACGAGGAGUUCCAACGUGGUGAUAUUGGCUCGCCCGGUUCAUUGCAUCGCCUCAUACGUGGCUUGGUGAAUCAGCGUGCGCUGAAACGUGAUGAAUUCAUAACACCCGAGCUGACCAAUCAUCUCUUUCAAACACCAGGCUUUCCAUUCGGUUUGGAUUUGGCUGCCAUCAACAUACAGCGCGGUCGUGAUCAUGGUGUGCCACCCUACACGUCAUGGCGUAUACCUUGCGGCCUUACGCCCAUAAAUAGUUGGGAGGACUUUGCUAAUGUGGUCGGCCCACAAUCGGCGCAACGCAUUAGUCACGCCUAUCGCAGCGUACAUGAUAUUGACCUCUUUGUUGGCGGUAUUGCCGAACGACCUGUCGUAAGCGGACUCGUCGGUCCCACAUUUGCCUGUAUCAUCGCACAGCAGUUCAGUAAUUCGCGCAAAGGUGAUCGUUUCUGGUACGAGAAUGGUGAUUUCGAAAACUCUUUCACGCCCGCACAGUUGCAAUCCAUAAGACGUGUCUCACUUGCGCAAGUGCUCUGUCGUGCUGUUGGCGGUGGUACAAUGCAGCCACAUGCUUUGUUACCGCCGGAAAUUGAGGGUAAUAAACGCCAAAUUUGUGGUACCGGCACAUUGUCGCCGCUCGACUUGAGUCCAUGGAUCGAACAGGAUCCUUUUGCAACUAGUACGACAACACAAGCACAGGAACCGGAUCGCGUAUUUGAGAUUAUAAACACAGAUAAAAUUAGGGACGACAUACCGACUGGCUCCGUACAAGUAGUGAAAGAGAAUAAGGCAGGCUUUCCAAAUCGUGAACGACCCGUGGUCAAUAAGAACUCGGCAAAUGGGUUUGUGACUCAAAUUAAGGUGCCGGGUGAGAUAAUUCGUAUUAGCGACAAAUUAGACAUACGACAAAAAGGGACAUCUGCUAAACGACCAAUUGCGACUGCGAAACCAAUCAAGGGCAUUAAUAAUAAGAUUGACAAAAAUCCGACGAAAAUUACGCUUAAUAUACGUGGGGUAAACAUACGACGACCACAAGGUAACCGACGCACCACUGUAAUUGUUAACAAUAUACCUGUCGAACUGCGAAGCGCAACGGAUGGCAACACUCGAUUCAACGCUGCUGGGAAGAUGAAUACAACAAAUGCGCAGAGUACAACCGAAAGCAUGACCGACGGGCAGUUGGAAGCACGUAUAGAUGACAUUGAACUUGAAACGCAAACGGAACUUAACGAACUACUAACAACCGAAAAAGUUGCCGAAUUCUUAAGAGAUCACCAAAAGAAUGCAGAAGAAACUGAAACCACGAUUAUUUCGAACCACAACAACUCUAUAGACGAUCCAUUACCAACUCUACUACUACCAAGCAUCUCUGACAAAAACGACAGCAUAGCAACUGACAAUGCACGACAAUCAAAGUUUGAACUGGAGGUACGAGCCGAAUCACUUGACACUAUUAACAAUACUGUUACGCCCUCAAUUAAAGACAUUCUCUCUGACGAAACUAUUCACGCAAAAGUACCAACUCUCCAUGAGGAAAAUGUAGAUGAACAUAUUGAUGACAGAGAUAGUGAGACUUCACAAUCCAAUAAAGAACUUACAUUCCUUGAGGAAACUUCGAGUAAUACCGAAGCAAAGACAAACGUAAAAGACGUUGAAAACAUACUGAGAGAACAUUUCAGUAAUGAAAGUGAAACCCAAUAUAAAAUGGUGAAAAAGGAGUUAGUAAUCGACAGAGACAUAGAAACAGACAUUGAACGUGCAGAUAAUAACUCACUUACUAAUUGGGAUGGCAGAACUGAAGCCCCACAGGCAUUUUUAUCAGACGGCGAGCAGAACUUAGCGACAGUUUUGACGAAUAACGUGUCUACCAAAGACAGCAAAAUGCAGACAACAGAAGUUCAGACGAACAAGGAGAAUGAAGACAGUACGUGGACAGAUACGGCAAACUUACCGCUUACAAAGUCAGCGCGUUCAACUACAAAAACAAACGACGUUACGCUAAGUGAAGGAGCCGACAACAAAAAAAACAAUUUUACAGAACACAAAAUUUUUGACAAUGAGCCCAAUACCGCUGACCUUAACCCAAUGAAACGACUACAAGAAACCGACGAACUUACAAGUUUAAGACGACGCAGACCUCAGCUGAAUCGAAAAUUGAUUGUAGUUAAAGUACCGAACCGGAAUAAUGAGACAAAAAUUAGAUAUCUUACAAAAACGACAAAAAGUGCGGGCUUCAGAAAAACGACUUUUGUAACGCCGCUUACGAAUUUGACCACACGACCCACUUCUCGACAAGUGGAACUCAGACAAUACCAAACGCAACCAACAUUUUACACACGACCCCAGAAAGUUGUAGUCAACGGACCGAAUUCAGAUCAAUACGAAAUCGAAAUAAACAUACGACAAACAAAUAAGCAAUCAUCUUCAGUACAACCCUUAACGACCGCGGCGAGUCCGUACAAACCAUUCCAUUAUGACAAAUUCUCACCCAGUUAUGUGGGCACAUAUUACUCGAGCACUAUAUCGCCACACGCCUUUUAUCCGAACACACCCACCGUAUCGGCUAAUGUCGUACAAACACGACGCACCAAGCCCCCGACCGUCAUUUAUAUUAAUGAACACGAAGACCGUUACACAACAACGACACGCGCACCGGGACUUUUUCAAAAUAUUCUAUCGUUCGCGACCAGCGGUUUUGGCAACAAUAACAGGCCACAGCAACCGAGUCCACACAGUACUACAGCACAAAAAGAGCAUGCGAAUUAUGGAGCUAGUGUCUCGAAUAUUUAUGAGAGUAACCAAAUUUCCGGACCGAACACGGAUGUAUCUUCCAUAUCACACUAUGUACCACGCCCAUCGAACCAGAAUGUGUUACCAGCCUUUCCUGCCGUUCCAUCGGCUGCUAGCCUGAGUCAGGUGGGCGGUGUAGCGAGCAGUGGCGUGGUACAGGCGACCAGUAGUGCAAUCAGCACUGGGAACUUUGGUGCCAUUAUCGGUGUGGCGCAAGCGAAUGGCGGAGAUAGUACUUUCAGUUUUAAUAUACGGCCAAAACCCAACGUAGUCGGACAGUCACAACUUCCUUUGCCGCCAAAUCAAAUCAAUGGAGGUAGUUACGGCCUAUUGCCGUCACGAAAUCCACCAUUUAACCAAGGGCCAAACACAGGGUUCUUAAGCUCGCAACAUUCAGUGGCUUCCCCAAGUGGGCAGACAUACUUUGGUAAUACGCACAAGGAAAGUACAAACAGUCCGUUUUCAAGCGCACAUAAAAGACCGCAACAAGGCACUUAUGACUACUAUAGUCACCAACAGAACUUACCCCUACAGCAGAAAACAAAUUUUGAACAUACUCUUACUAUCAAGGACUAUGACGAAAUCGCCAUAUCACGCACACUCGAACCAAUUCUGACUAACAACUCGACGGAUGACGAAAAUGACGUCGACGACAAUGACGAUGAUUAUUAUUAUAGGGAUGAUGAUGAUUUGAGUGAAAAAUUUGACCAAGACGGUUACAUGAGACCUGAACAUAUGAUACAAGCAGUGAUUAAAUCGAAAGAGAACGAAUUGCGGAACUUAACUGCUAACAAGAACUGUAGUACUAAAAUGUUGGACGACAAUUACGUGCUGCCCGUACUUAACACAACUAUAGACACGCUGAGCAAAGAAUAUUUACCUAAAUCGUUGGAACAAAAUAUAGGGACGACCAAUACUGAGGAAAGCACGACUACGACGACCGAAAGUGUGACCGACUUCCCUGAUGUUGUGGGUAAACACCUUAAUAACGAGAUAUUGGCCGAAGACUAUGACGAAGAGACGACCGAAACUUUAAUUGCUACAAAAACGACUGCAAUCCGGACGUUGACGAACGAGAGACAAAGUAUAAAGAAGACUGAAACUAAUACUGAAACUACGAAGGCGAAAUCAGUUCUUGCCGAACGUAUUGCUUUUGCGCCCAUUAAGAUAUUAACUAAGCUAGAAAGACCAGACAAUUGGAUAAUUUACGAUUCACCCAAAAAUUACCCUUCACUACCCGAGUUACCAGCUAUGAACGGAGAUUCGUCUGCACCCACAGAUGAAAUACCGAUGCCUAUAAGAGGUUUGGCUGGCAUUUGGCAGAAGAAGAUACAAACACAAAAGGGCAAGAAUAGAGAGCAAUUUGUACCUACUAAAGCGCCGAAGUACAUCGAGUCCACGUUACAAGCAGGAGCGGAAGUUUUUACAACCGUUUCACCAGCAAAUACUGUACUCGCCUAGAUUUAAGUACUGUUGUGGUUGAGAUUUUGUUAGAAGCCCAGAAUUAUGUAUACGAAUAUAAUAUAAUAUUUAUUUAUUUAUAAUUAGAUAAGCCUAUUAUUCUCACAUUAAUAUUGAUUUUGUUAAAAUAUUGACUAUUAUUGAAAAAAUUAAAGAACGUUUUCAAGUAAAAUAUGAAAAAUA